UCAAUAUUUUUUUAAAAUUAUAUUUUGACAUACACUGUACUAUACAUAUAAUGAUCGCACAUAUUUAAAUAACAUAUUAAUUAAAUAAUUUCACCGUAAAAAGUAAGUUACAGAGUUGUGAAUCCGCGUGACAGAGAUGUAUUCAUACAAAAUCAUUAUGUCUCCCGCUACAUGAGCGUGCGUGUUAUCUAUAAUAUUACGAAAAAAAUAUAUUAUGACACAAAAUGUAAAAAUAUCCUAUAUCUCUUUAAUAUAUUACCUAUCGUGUAACAGUAAUAGUUAUUUUUUAAUACUAUCAAUAAAAUUAUUAAAAAACUUCAAAUACUCGUCUCCCUCUACCUAAUGUUUUGCGUGGUAAAUUCUGUCACGUGGGUUGUCAAACGAAAUACGCGCUGUUGCCGCUCGUCCUUGUAGCAUGCGACCCAAGGAUAUUACCCCUUCCCCCCCUCCGUAUGUGUUCCCAUCUGCAAACAGAAGGCAGCGCCUCAGUCGCCCAAACGCAGUGUCAGGACGCGCGUGUGUUUAUUCGGCUACCGCUUCGUUACAUAGUAUCUAAAUGAUAACAGAAGAUUCCUUAUUUUCUAUUACCAGAUAACAUCAUGGUGAAACAAAAGCCAUUAACAGCAGCAGAAAGACAAUGGAUUUGUCGCGCGAAACGAAAUAAUGACCCUGAGAAAGUAGCUGAAGUAAAGCGCAAAGAUUUAGAAAGAUACCAUGCUCGAAAAAAGUUAGUGGCUGAUAUGAGCGAGCGAGAACAUCGAAUUCAAAAGCGAAGAUGGCAAGAAGCUAAUAAAAAAAGAAGGGAGAAGAAAAAGAUACUUGAAGAGGUACUUUUGAACACACCGGCUCCAUCACCAAUACCAGAAAGUCCAAGAGUAACUCCAUGUGCAACACCGACUCUUUCUGAAGUAUCAAUGCGCAGUUCCAGUGGAAGAAAAAAAUGAAAAGAGAUAGAACGAAGUUAUACAGAGAUAAUGUUAAGUUUCAAGAAAAAAUAAAACAGAGAAAAAAAUUCGAAAAUAUAAGAAAAGAUUGCAGAGAAAAUCAAAAAAAGACAGCAGCAAAAAAGAGGAAAAUAAUAGUCAGAAUACAAAGAAGUACAACGUUCUAUCUAAUGCCAUUAAAGAACGAUACAAGACUGUCAAAAGUCGAAGAGAAAAACGCCUCAUUCAAUCGGUUUUCCAAACCCGUAUCGUAAAAGAGUCUCGAGUGCAGAUCGAAUUAGUAAGAGAUGCAAUAGGCGUAGACCGACCUUUAACAUACAAGAGCGUUCUACCAAAGCAUACUGAUCUUGUACGAAAGAUUCAUCGGUUCUUUUUGCGGGAUGAUGUAACGAGGGCUAUAGCUGGCAAGAAGGAAACUGUUACUUACAAAAAAAAGAAAGCACAGAAAAGAUUUUUAUUGGACUCCAUGAAAAACCUGUAUAAAACGUUCUUGAAAGAAAAUAGUGGCCUCAAAUGCCACUACAGCUACUUCACUAAACAUAGGCCAUUUUAUGUGAAGCCACCUACUGUAGAUGGAAGAGAUACAUAGGUUUUUCGAAGAAUACGGAUUUCGUAAAAUAUCCUGGAACUUUUUUGAAUCAGGGCAUGGGAAAGGAGCUGCUGAUGGUAUUGGAGGGACAAUCAAACGGCAAGCUGAUGCCAUAGUUGCUAGAGGAAACGAUAUUGCAGAUGUGUUCCAAUUCUUUUCCGCGCUCAAAGAUGCCAACAAAAUUACACUGUUUAUGGUGACAGGCGAAGACAUCGAAAAGGUAGCAGCAACGAUUCCUAGUAACAUUGUGCCCCUAAAAGGAACAAUGCAGGUCCACCAAAUGUUCACAGAAAAUCGUGGAAUCUUAAAUCAUAGGGUAUUAAGCUGCUUUUGUGAUCAAUUCUGUUCUUGCCAUGCUCCUAAAACUUAUCGACCUCUGCCUGGAAUCCAAGAACAACAAAAUACUGUGGACGAGUUUUUAUCUAAUGAAAAAGAAGUUGCUGUAAUUCACGAUAAGGAAGGUUUGAUGCUCGCAGAUAUUACAAAUACAAUUAGGAUGUCCCGUAAAAGUAUUUUCGAUACUGUAUAUGGCCCAGAUGAAUCAACCGAUGAAGAUCAACCUUUAGCCACGCUUAAAACGAAAAAAGAUCUAGCUGAUCAAACUGCCGUCUGUGGUACUUCUUAUCAAACGCUCCAGCCUGAAGAUAUUCAUCCAAUGAAUAUAAAAGACGGAGUUUAUGUAUUGGUUAAAGUACGUAGCUCGCGGAACAUUCAGUACACUUACGCUGGAGUAGCAAAAAAUGUUGUCGAUGAAGAAGGCGAAGUCAUGGUAAUGUUCCUAAAAUCAGUUGAUGACAGUGGAAGGCUGUUUAAAUUAGUGGAGAAUGACAUAUCGGAUGUUCCUUUUGAUGAUUUGAUUAGUCUUACCGGCUCCAAAUGUCAUUAAAAAGGGGAAGAGACAAUUUUUCCAAUUCGAAGAGCCACUGUCAGUAUUCGAAAAAUGACUGAUUAAUUAUUAAGCUAUUGUUAUGAAGAAUGUUUUAUUUUUUGCGAAUUUAAAUUUGUUGUCAAGUUAGACUGGAUUUUUUAUUUAGUUUAGAGUGGAUAGUCAUUUAAUUUACCAAAUUACUAAUUACUUUUGAGAGGCUCUCACGACUCUA